AUGAAGUCAGAAAUUGCAGAACUAUACUUCAGGGACAAGGCAAAUACUUGGUUCCAUGGAGUGUUCAGUGGCGGAAGUUCAAUUCCAUGCCCUGAGUUAUCAGUUGCUAUGUCUGAAAGAUUUGGAGAAGGAACCCAGAAGAAGCCAUUGAAAAAACACAUUAUCACAACAAAAGAAGUGAGAGCUGACCCCAAGAAGAUAGAGAGCCCGAUGCAGUGGCCAAGACCUGAGAAUGUCAGACAGUUAAAGGGAUUCCUUGGCUUGACUAGCUACUAUAGGAAAUUUGUCAAGAGCUAUGGGGCCAUUGCCAAAACUUUAACAGUUUUGCUAAGGAAGGACAGCUUCAAGUGGGGUAUUGAUGCUGAGGAAGCAUUUGAGAAAUUCAAGCUAGCUAUGUGCAGUACACCUAUAAUAGCCCUUCCUGACUUCACUCAGCAAUUUGUGAUUGAAACAUAUGCUUGUUAUAGAGGAUUAUAA